GGAUCAUAUCAGUCAGAGUUUAGGUGACUGAACAACGCUGAAUCAACUUGGAAGAUGAAUUUUACCAUUGUAUUGUCUAUGCUGCUAUACUGCAGCCUGAUUUUGGCCCAGGAUGAUGUUAAUUUUCCUGAACCAGAAAGAACUAUUGAAACACAGUCAUGCUUUCCAGACAUGUGUGAAUUCCUGAAAGAGUUUGGUGCCAUAAAAGAAAAACAGAGAGUUAUGGAAACCAGGCUGAAGGAAAGUGAAAACCAGAUUCUUGAACUGAAGAGCAAAGAAAAGACCGUGGUAGUGUUCAGUGCAGCAGCAGGUGGGAGUGGACACAUUGGACCCUUUAAUACAGAUACAACUGUAGUCUACAAAGUAGUUAAAACAAACAUUGGCAAUGCCUACAGUCAAUUCACUGGUAUCUUCACUGCACCUGUUCCAGGCAUUUACUACUUCACCUUCUUUUAUAAUGCUGGAGCAUCACAGGAAGUUUUACUAAUCCUCAUGAAGAACAACCAGGAUGUUGUGUCGACCGGUGAUCGGAAAACAACACAAGAUGAUGCUGAUAACGGUGGCAAUGCAGCGUUCUUACAGCUGCAGCAAGGGGACCAGGUGUAGUUAGGAAAUAAAAUCUUUUUUUUCCUUUGUGUUUCUGGUCAGUCAGGUUUGAACAGUGAAUUAAAGAUAUGAUUUAUUUGUCA